AUGUACUGCAUGAUUGACUUCAGCCUUCCAGCGAAUUUGUUUUGGACGACACUCUGCUAUCUGUCCGCUGCGUCCACAGCGCUUGCUGGCAAAUCCAAUGGCAUGCCGUGCCACGACCCUAAAACCACAAAUGACGUGUUUCUUGCUUGGAUUGGGGUCGUUGUAUCUUUGGUUAUGUUGCACGUCGUGUUCUCAAUGGUGGUCAAUGCCCUCUUAGAGGCUCAAGCAUGUCGGAGCGAGUUGCGCGCCGCAAAGUCGAUCUUAGCAGGCGUUUGUGACGCCGUGGUCGAGCUCGAUGCCAAGCUGAUGCUCGCGUGGCCUUCCGAACAGUUCGCGGCUUUGCUAAUGCACAGCGAGCCUCGAUCGUUGGCGGGAGUGAGCAUAUCGUCUUUUCUUGCCGCGGAGGCCGACCGCGACAAGUUUGCCGAACACGUGACCUCCAGUACUGCGUGUGACGAUUUCUGCACGGCUUUUCACGUCAAACUGCGGGACACUUGUGGCAUCUCUGUGUCGGUGGAAGUGUUCUGCGUGCGCUUCCGUAGUGGUGAUGAAAAGGAGUCGUACCUUGUCGGCUUUCGAGAAUUUGCCGACCUGCCUCCACCAAGGACGCACCCGAGAGUGCCGACAAUGCCUAGUGCUGAAAUGAAUAUGGAUGUUCAGGGCCGGGGUGCGUCGCACGAGACUGAACACGGUGAUUCUGGCACCAAUUCUGAAGGGGAGUCUGGCGUAUCGUCUUCUAUUUCCGAGGUUGCUGUUUGGGUCGACGGUAUGUCACCAGGGUUAACCAUGUUGCGUUGCACCACUGCCUUCGAGAUGUUAGUUGGCAGCUCUUGGGCGCACAUCUGUGCCACCCAGAGAACUCUUCUGCCAUGUACUCGGCCAGAUCAGCGAAAUGACUUGAAGUGGUGGGUUCGUCAUGCCUGCGAGGAGUCCACUAGACUCGAGCUGCCCGCUGUGGACGAUGUUUCAGUAAGCAGCAUCAUCGUAUGCGUUUCGCCAUCGAGAACUCGCUGA